AUGCACAUCCUGGUCACCAACGACGAUGGCCCGCCCUCGAGCAAGGCGUCGCCCUACAUCCACGCCUUUGUGAAGCACCUUAAAGAAGCCGGCCACGAUGUCUCGGUCUGCCUGCCCAACACGCAGCGCUCCUGGAUCGGCAAGGCGCACAUGAUUGGCCAGACGCUGAAGCCGCUGUACUUUCGCCCGUCAGCCAACAUCUACGGCGACGACACCGAGGGCACCACGAAUGCGCUGCCCGACACGUCGGGCGAGGGCGACGAGGAAUGGAUCCUGGUGGACGGCACGCCGGCCUCGUGCGUUCAGAUUGGCCUGAACCACUUCUUCCACAGCAAGGGCCCUGUCGACCUCGUCGUCAGCGGGCCCAACUACGGCCGCAACACGACGGCCAUCUUCGCGCUGAGCUCGGGCACGCUCGGCGGCGCGCUCGAGGCGGCCGUCUGCAAGGUCAAGGCGAUUGCCGUCAGCUUUGCCUUCUUCUCCCGCAACCACGACCCGGUCAUCAUCGACGCUGCGUGCCGGCAGGGUAUCAAGGUCAUCGACGGCCUGUACAAGCAAUGGCCGGCCGGCGGCAGCGUGGACCUGUACAGCGUCAACGUGCCGCUCGUCGAGGCCGUGGACACGCGCAAGACCUAUCUCACCAAGAUGCUGCAAAACUACUGGCAGGCCGGCGGCUGCUUCGAGGAGAUUGACGACCCGAGCGCCGUGGACCCCGUCGAGGCAGAGGCCAGCAUCCGCGAGGGAAACUCGUCUGCGACUCCGGCCAAGAAUACUAGCGGCACAGGACAUAAGCAUAAGCACUUCAAAUGGGCGCCGAGGUUCACCGACGUCUAUACUAGCGUCGAGGAGGCUGGGCCUGGCUCUGACGGAUGGGUGGUCAAAGAAGGACACACAAGUGUUACACCUCUCAAGGCUAACUUUGCGCAAGCAGAUGUAGGAAACGGUCUACAGGAGUUGAACUUUUCAGAGCCUGCUGUGCGGGAAGAAAGCAACGUAUUGGCCGUGAGACGGAAACUGCAAGAUAGCACCGCUCCCGACAAGAUUCAAGCAUUUGUGGCUUACGACGACGAAUAUGUACAACCUCUGAUUGUGUCGGCGCUCAAGUCACUGCUGCCAGAUGACCUGGUAGACCUAGUCACUGCCGUGGCUGUGACGGACGACGGCACGUUUUCAGCGUCACGCGCGCUUCCAACGCCCAAUGCGCGCGCUCUACAGAUUAUGCCCUACGAGGCUCUCGACUUUGAUCAUGCCGCGGCCAGCCCCCGGUCGUACCUCAUCAACAGCUACAUGAUCCGCAAGGCGCUGAUCCGCAAGCACUACCUCUCCACGACGGUCGAGCACUGGGUGGCCAAGAGGCCAGAGUCGGUGCUCAAGACGCACGUGCAGCGCAGCGAGGCGUUCGAGGUCGACUAUGCCGAGUUUUUGGACGACGCCCUCGUUGAAGCAUUUGAUCUUCGCGAGAGCCUUGCUCGCAACGAUGCGCUGGGCGUGGAGGCGCCGCCGCAGGACAGGCAGUGGUGGAUUCUGAAGCCCGGCAUGAGCGACCGCGGCCAGGGCAUCCGUCUCUUCAGCACCAUGGACGAGUUGCAGGCCAUCUUUGACGGGUGGGAGGAGGACCAGCCCGACACCGACGACGAGGAAGACGACGCGGACGACGAGCAAGCGCCCCGCGGCGGCGGCGGCAGCGAGGAUGUCGAAAAGGACUACAUUACGACUUCGCACCUGCGGCACUUUGUCGCCCAACCGUACAUUCACCCGCCGCUGCUGCUCGCCGACGGCGGCCACAAGUUCCACAUCCGCACCUACGUCCUCUGCGCCGGCAGCAUGCAGGUCUACGUGUACAGGCACAUGCUCGCGCUCUUUGCCGCCAAGCCCUACCGCGCGCCGUGGGACGCGCCCGACGACAUUGAGUCCUUCCUGACCAACACAUGUCUGCAAGCCUCACCGCACGAAACCACAGUGCAGCGCUUCUGGGCGCUCGAAGGGAUAGCGCAGAGGACCAAGGAGGCCGUCUUUGGGCAGAUUUGCGCCGUGACGGGCGACUUGUUCGAGGGCGCGGCGCGCGCCAUGCCCGUCCACUUCCAGCCGCUGCCGAACGCGUUUGAGGUGUUUGGACUGGAUUUCCUGGUGGACGCCGAGGGCUGCGCGUGGCUGCUCGAGGUGAAUGCGUUUCCGGACUUCAAGCAGACGGGCGGCGACCUGACGGAUAUUGUGGCCGGCUUCUGGAGGGGCGUGGUGAGGGAGGCGGUCGUGCCGUUCUUUGGGGUCGGCGAGGAGAGGCUGCUGGGUGGCGGGAGUGACGAGGAGCGAGGGGACAUGGUGCGUGUGCGGGAUGUCGGCUUGGGGAGAAGGUGA